AUGGCGCCGGAGCGGGUGCGGAGUCGAGCCCUCUCCGCCUUCAAGCUGCGUGGCUUGCUGCUCCGGGGAUUUCCUUUGUGGCCGGGCGCGGUGGCUCACGCCUUGUCAUCAAACAUGAUUGAACGAUCUGUAGUAGAAGCAGCAGUCCAGGAAUGCAGUCAGUCGGUUGAUGAAACUAUGUUUUGGGAGGAAUUCCAGUGUGAGAGAAGACUUAUAGGAGUCUGUGGUUUUAGUCUUGGCAUAAAUGAUAGCUUGAGCGAAAGAAGUGACAAGUGGGGUAGAAAGCGGGAACAGCACCGGAGCAGUGGAAACCAUGGCUCAUGGGGACUGACUGGAUGUGCAGAAGAAAUACGAAAGACCUCUUAUGCUCAGCACCAACAGGUCCGCCAAAUCCGGAAGAAGAUGAUGGAAAUCAUGACCAGAGAGGUGCAGACAAAUGACUUGAAAGAAGUAGUCAAUAAAUUGAUUCCGGACAGCAUUGGAAAAGACAUAGAAAAGGCUUGCCAAUCUAUUUAUCCUCUCCAUGAUGUCUUUGUUAGAAAAAGGUCUCACAGGCAUGAAUUAUUUACUCCUCCAGUGAUAGGCUGUCACCCUGAUGAAAGCAGAAGCAAAUUCCAGCUGAAAACAAUAGAAACCUUAUUGGGUAGUACAACCAAAAUUGGAGAUGUGAUUAUUCUUGGAAUGAUAACCCAGUUAAAAGAGGGAAAAUUUUUUCUGGAAGAUCCUACUGGAACGGUACAACUAGAUCUUAGUAAAGCUCAGUUCCAUAGCGGGUUAUACACAGAGGCGUGCUUUGUCUUAGCAGAAGGCUGGUUUGAAGAUCAAGUGUUUCAUCAAGAGAUAAAGCAGAGCUGUUUCGUGAACGAUACACCAUUUUGCACCAGGGCAUACUAUGGAAAUACUAAUUUUUUUGGAGGGCCUUCUAAUACAUCUGUGAAGAUUUCUGCAAAACUAAAACAACUAGAAGAGGAGAAUAAAGAUGCUAUGUUUGUGUUUAUAUCUGAUGUUUGGUUGGACCAGGUAGAAGUAUUGGAAAAACUCCACACAAUGUUUUCUGAUUCCCUAAAAACUUUGGCAGACAUAAUAUGUCAAUACCCAGAUAUUCAUCAAAGUAGUCGUUUUGUGUUUGUACCUGGUCCAGAGGAUCCUGGAUUUGGUUCUAUCUUACCAAGGCCACCACUUGCUGAAAGCAUCGCUAAUGAAUUCAGACAAAGGGUACCAUUUUCAGUUUUUACUACUAAUCCUUGCAGAAUUCAGUAUUGUACACAAGAAAUUAUUGUCUUUCGUGAAGACUUAGUGAAUAAAAUGUGCAGGAACUGUGUCCGUUUUCCUAGUAGCAAUUUGGCUAUUCCUAAUCAUUUUGUAAAGACUAUCUUAUCCCAAGGACAUCUGACUCCUUUACCUCUUUAUGUCUGCCCAGUGUACUGGGCAUAUGACUAUGCUUUGAGAGUGUAUCCUGUGCCUGAUCUACUUGUCAUUGCAGAUAAAUACGAUCCUUUCACUGUGACUAAUACAGAAUGCCUCUGCAUAAACCCUGGUUCUUUUCCAAGAAGUGGAUUUUCAUUCAAAGUUUUUUAUCCUUCCAAUAAGACAGUAGAAGAUAGCAAACUUCAAGGCUUUUGA